GCCGCGCAUCUCGACGCCGAGGCCCCCCUCUCCGAACAAGAUCGACGUCCUGCCGCCGUCCAGUUCGCCCGGAAGUCCCUCCGCCCCCAGCUCGCCGUCAAGUUCUCCGUCCCGGUAGCUGUCCAGCUCGCCUGACAGAUUAGGUCGCCGCGAGCUACCCAGGAGGUCGCGGUCCAAGUCCCACUGACGCCCCUCUGCUCCCGAAGGUCUACUAAAGUGUCUUCACUCAUCACGGGACAACUUACAGAGCAUGGCAGAGGGUGGUAUUGUAGUGGCCAUUUGCCAACACGGCGGGGAGUUCACUUCUGGUCCCAAUGGGAAUUUGAUCUACAAAGGAGGAGAAGCACACGCUGUUGACGUCUCUCGGGAGAUGUCACUGGACAGCUUCAAGGAUGAGGUGUCUAAGGUGUUCCAUGUGGAUGUCACUGAUAUGUCGUUCAAGUACUUCCUUCCGAACAAUAACAGAACGCUCAUCACAGUCUCAUGUGAUAGAGAUUUGCAACGGAUGGUUGAUUUUACUGCUAGUGCUGCGCAAGUAGAUGUUUUUGUGAUCAGUAGAGUGGAGAACAGGAGUAUCAUAGCGUACACUGGAGCAUCCACUGUUAAAGCUGGAUCUAAUGCACACGGUGACAAAAGGAAAAGGCCAACUUCCAAGAACAAGGCAUCCAAGAGUAACAAGAAGACCCCUAAUGUUACCGGUGCUGCAAUUCAAGCUAAUACCCAUGAUGUCAAUCAACCAGGACCGGUGGUUGCAUUAAAUGAUUACAACGAGGAUUUUCAAGUAGAAUUUGGGCGUGAUGAUGCCUUUGCUACCACAGCUGAAGCUGUUUCCUCUGCUCCAGAUGUCUUGAAUCAGGAUAAGCUUGCUCUCGUUGACAUGCAAAGGGAACCAACUGAGAUUUUUGAUGAUGCAAUCAAUCCAUAUGAUGGUUCUGAGAUCAUAAUUGAUCCUCCACAGGAGCUUACCAGUAAUCCUACUGUGUUCUGGGAUGGCAUUAUUAAAGGUGUUGGUCAAGAAUUUGACAAUGUGAAGGAUUUUCGAGCUCAGUUGUGCAAAUACGCCAUUGGGAAAGGAUUUGUGUACAGAUUCAUCAAGAAUGAAACCACUCGUGUUACUGUAAAGUGUGUUGGGGAUGGCUGUCCCUGGCGAUUGCAUGCAUCUGAGUCAUCUCGCAACAAAAAGUUUGUCAUCAAGAAAAUGACUGAUGAGCACACGUGUGGAGGAGAAGGUGGAGAGGGUCAGCGACGUGCAACAAGGCAGUGGCUGACUACCAUCAUUAAGGAGAAACUGCGUGAGAACUCUUCGCUCAAGCCGAAGGACCUUGUCAAGGAAAUAUAUGAAGAAUAUGGAGUUCUGCUGACCUAUUCACAGGUUUGGCGAGGUAGAGAAGUGGCGCAGAAGGAGAUGUUUCAUGUCAUGAGGGAGACAUUCGGCCAUUUGCCCUGGUAUCGGGAUAGGCUUUUCCAGACCAACCCAGGGAGUUCACUUGAGUUGUCUCAAACGGCCGAUACACGCCGUGUUUUUUUUGCAUUCCAUGCUUCUUUGCACGGUUUUGCAAAUGGGUGUAAGCCCCUCCUGUUUCUUGACAAGGUUCCACUCAAAGCGACAAAUGAGUACAAGUUGCUAGUUGCCGCUGCGGUUGACGCGGAUGAUGGUAUCUUUCCAGUGGCAUUUAAUGCGGUUGAAGAUGACAAUUAUGAUAGCUGGGUUUGGUUCUUGAUGCAGCUGAGGAUGGCUCUUCAAUAUCAUAACUACGCAUUCAAUUCUAUGACAUUCUUGUCCAAUGGACAAAAGGGUCUGGAUGCUGCUGUCCCGCAUGUGUUUGAAGAUAGCCACCACGCCUUUUGUUUGCAUCAUAUCAUGGAGGAAUUCAAAGGAGAGCUGAAGAAGGGGCCAUGGUCGCAACAGAUAAGAGAUGCGAUGGUUGAAGAUUUUACUCGUGCAGCCCAAGCAUGCAGCAUUGAUGAAUUUAAUGCAUCAAUUGAGAGCAUAAGGAAUAUAUCCACUGAGGCUGCCGACUGGAUCAUUGCGAGUAAGCCAGAGCAUUGGUCAGAUGCCUUCUUCACAGGCUGUCGGUAUGACCAUUUCUCCUCAAACAUUGUUGAUGCAUUUAAUAACUGGAUACCGACAAAGAAGGAGGGGUCAAUGGUGCUGAUGAUAGACUCUCUUCGAAUAAAAAUAACGGAGGUAAUGGAAGCGAGGCGUGAAGCCUGCAAGUCAUGGGAAGGGCCUUUAACACCUUCCAUGGAUUACAAAGCGCAGGAUGAGCUGUCGAAGGCUGGAAAGCUGACAGUGCUGUGCUCUUCUGAGACUGUGUUUGAAGUGAGGGGCAACGGUAUCUUUGUUGUUAAUCUUGCAAAUUGGGAAUGCAGCUGUCGGAGGUGGCAACUUUCUGGCCUCCCUUGUAUGCAUGCUGUUGCUGUGUUUAACAGGAUUGGACGGUCGUUCUAUGACUACUGCUCGAAGUAUUUUAGAAUAGAGAGCUACCAUUUGACAUACUCAGGAACAAUCUUCCCAAUUCCUGACAUGGAUACCUUUGAUUUUAGUGCUGGGGCGACGAUCCCACCUCCCAAGCCACGGACAUCAGAUAAACCGAGAAGGAAGAGGUUUAACCCCAACAAGGUAACCACUCUUAUACGGCUCUGUAGCAGGUGCAAGCAAGCAGGCCACAAUAAGGCAACAUGUGAAGCUCUUCUGUAGGCAAAGGAAACUCUCAUCUGCAGAAUGUAUAGCAGGUUCACUAAGGGGUCUGAUGCGGUGAAGAACUUAUGAUGGUGCAUGCUGUGUCUGGAUGGAAGUGGGGAGACGAUGAGACAUAAAUCGUUAUCAUUUUGUUUAUAUGAAGUUCUUUAGCAAUGGAUUAGAGAUGCUGACAAGGGGCUAAGUACCUUUGGAAAGUGUCAGCUGAAAUCAGAGUAGAUGGAUUAGAGAUGCUGAUAAGGGUCUAAGUACCUUUGAACAGUGUCAGCUGAAAACAGAGUAGAUGGUGGUUAGCCCAGUUUAUUUAUAUCUGUAGGUUGGUGGUAAGUAGUGUUAAAAAGCUAAGAUGCAAGUCUAGUCCCAUGGUUAUCAUUAUCGUUGUAUGUCUAUGUGAGAGUGGUCUUUUCUUCUCUAGAUCUGUGUACCGGCUGUGCUUACAUUUAAGCAGCAGUCAUGGUUAUUUUGUCCAACUGCCACUGCAAUAUAGCCGCAGCCUGCAUAUUGUUGUUUAUGUUUGUCGUCAGUUGUCGAUCUGGAGCAUAUAUAGGUAUUGGAGCAUUCAAGUUGUGGUUUCU